GCCCGCCCCUGUCUCCCACCCCCCGCGCCCACAGCGCCCGCCCGCCCGCGGCCGCCCGGGAGCUCGUCCAGCCCCGCGCUCCGCUCGUCCGCCGCCGCCCGCUCCCGUCUGCCGGCCGCCCGCGCCCGCGGCUCUACGGCCUGAUCACAGAAAUUCAGAGGAUAAAACAGAACUUCCUCUGCAAUGUCGUACAGACGAGAACUAGAGAAAUACCGCGACCUGGACGAAGAUGAGAUCCUCGGAGCCCUGACAGAGGAAGAGCUCAGGACCCUGGAAAACGAACUGGAUGAGCUGGACCCUGAUAAUGCACUGCUGCCUGCAGGCCUGAGGCAGAAGGAUCAGACCACCAAGGCGCCCACGGGCCCCUUUAAAAGGGAGGAGCUCUUGGAUCACUUGGAAAAGCAAGCAAAGGAGUUUAAGGACCGAGAAGAUCUUGUCCCCUACACAGGGGAAAAGCGAGGAAAGGCCUGGGUGCCCAAACAGAAGCCAAUGGAUCCGGUGCUGGAAAGUGUGACCCUGGAGCCAGAGCUGGAGGAGGCCUUGGCAAAUGCCUCAGAUGCAGAACUCUGUGACAUUGCAGCUAUCCUGGGCAUGCACACGCUCAUGAGCAACCAGCAGUACUACCAGGCCUUGGGCAGCAGCUCCAUCGUGAACAAGGAGGGACUCAACAGUGUCAUCAAACCUACACAAUACAAGCCUGUGCCUGAUGAAGAACCGAAUUCAACAGAUGUAGAGGAAACACUGGAGCGGAUAAAGAACAACGACCCGAAACUUGAAGAGGUCAACCUCAACAACAUCAGGAAUAUCCCCAUACCUACCCUCAAGGCAUAUGCAGAAGCCCUGAAGAACAACCCGUAUGUGAAGAAGUUCAGCAUUGUGGGAACACGGAGCAAUGACCCUGUGGCGUAUGCCCUUGCUGAGAUGCUCAAGGAGAACAAGGCAUUGAAGACACUGAAUGUGGAGUCCAACUUCAUUUCUGGAGCUGGGAUACUGCGCCUGGUGGAAGCUCUUCCACACAACAGUUCUCUAGUGGAACUGAAAAUUGACAACCAGAGCCAGCCGCUGGGCAGCAAAGUGGAAAUGGAGAUCGUGAGCAUGUUGGAAAAAAACACAACGCUUCUCAAAUUUGGCUACCACUUCACCCAGCAGGGGCCCCGGCUGCGGGCAUCCAACGCAAUGAUGAACAACAACGACCUUGUGAGGAAGAGGAGGCUUGCAGACUUCACGGGGCCCAUCAUUCCCAAGUGCCGGAGUGGCGUCUAGUGUGUGGAGGUGAUGACUACGCCUUUGAACUGGACAUGUUCUUCUGAUAAUCUGUGCUCUACAGUGGAAACCAGAAGGCAAAAUGCCGGCACAAAACCCUUCUGUGGUUUAGUUCUUUAUGCACUAAGGUUUUAGGUUAAUUAGUGGUUGUAGUUGAAAAUUUUAUAAACUAUGGUUAAUGUGAAGUUUUUCUUUAGUCACAGAAGUUCAGUCUAUUAUUUAAAAACUAAGAAGCCCUCAAACAGGCAGAUAUUACUGAAGAUGUUAUAGCAGCAGGACUUACCCUGGGAGCCUGGUUUCGGUGGCCUUGGCUGUGUGGUGUUUCGGGUAUAUUUGAAAAUGUGGAACACAGGAACAAAUAGCACACUCUUUCACUUGGUUUAGAAGCAUUAUAAAACACUUUAUUACAAAUUUGAUUUUAGCUAUUAAGCAAACAGAACAGAUCAUCAUUCUUUAUUAACUCCUUUAAAUUGUAAGAACCUCAAGAUUAAAGUUGCCAAAUUGAUUACUGGAUCAAGAACACAAUCUUGCCCUUCAAGAAAGACUGAAAGACUGAAGCCACAAAGCUCUGCCAGGAAUCAAGGAAUAUGAGAUUCCUUUUGCUGGAUAUGAGGAAAUGAUAGAGAAAGCCAAUGGUGAAACUUCAAGUCUCAAAAACCAUCCCUUCUUUACCAAUCCCAGGCAGCAAACAUUUACCUGAGUGUUCCUUAUGAACAUCUGGGAUUUAUUUAUAAUUUAAUACUGGAGUCAGAAAGAAUUUUUUCCUUAUCAAAUGCCAACCUCAUGAUGGGUCUGAAAACCUACAGCCAAACACCUGAAAACACCUUUCUGUAAUGCACAAUGGGCCAAUUGACAUGAGGUCAAAUGCUCGAGAAACUUCCAGUCUGCCGUGGUUAUGCUUUAUGGGCUUCAACUACCUGUUGUACCAUGUAUCAGACAAGUCACUGCUGAUCUCAUGCCUGUAAAUUAAGCCUCUGAAGGCCAAUGGUGAAGAAAAUCCAGAUAUUAAAGAACUAGGAAACCCUGGCCAAACCAUCCCAAGAUGGUUAUUCUGAAAAUGUAAUUUUGGUGUUUCUGCCAGGUCCCUUUUUAACAACACAUGCAUCUCUUGGGAUCCAGCAAAAACGUUAAGCCACAAUGCCCUUGUGCCUUUUAGUAUACCACAGUGCCAGUUAAACUAGUAUUUCUGGUUGCUUGAGGAGUUAUUUUCAUGAAUGAUUGAGCAACUCUUAUGAUACAAAACAGGCCAAAGAGCUGAUGAGCACAGACUAACAAGCUGCAGAGCACUGCGCAGAGGCUUCUGAUGAAAAGCCCGGCACACUGAACUGCAAUGAUGCGGACAGCACAGGGUAACCGAGGCGAAGCCAGGGCCGCACCACUAUGGAGGGGUGUCUACUGAGGCUGCAGAUGGGCCCAGUUGUGGUGCUAGGCUGCAGGAAUGGUCAUCCCCACUCGGCUUUCCUUGAAACACAAUUGCAGCUGUAUUCUGCAUCACUGGAAACUGCAAUAUAAUAUUAAAUCUGUUGGUCUAUGAA